CUUUUAUCAAAAAAAAAAGUUCCAUGAUCUUCUACGUUUUGUUUGUUUUCUCUGUUUUUGUUUCCGACACCUGCCGAAUAGAAGGUGCAACGGCGGCGGCGUACGAACCCACCGAUGUCUUACUCUUGAACUGUGGUGCUACCUCCAAUACCAACGACACCGACAACCGAACUUGGUGGGAUGAGGAGUACUACGAGGACAUUUUGUCCUGGAAUACAGGAAACCAGUCGUUUGCUGCAAAAGCUUACUUUGCAGGUUCUCAUGUUCCGUUCAUGGAAGCUCGCAUUUUCCGAUCUAAUUUCACCUACAAAUUUACUGUCUCUCCCGGCUGGAAAUUUCUCCGGUUAUACUUUUACCCGACCCUGUACGGGUCCGAUUUCAACGCCAACGGUUCCUACUUCUCCGUCAGAGUCAACGGUUUCACUAUCUUGAAGAACUUUAGCGCCUAUCUAACGGUAACGACUUCCAAACCGGAAUCAAAAUAUCUGAUCAAAGAGUUUAUCGUUCCGGUUUUUGAAACUCUCAGCCUCAGCUUCAUUCCCUCUUCAAAUUCUUUAGCUUUCGUUAAUGGUGUGGAGAUUGUCUCCAUGCCAGAUGGGUUUUACACAAAGGGGGGAUUUGAUGGCCAAAUAACAAACGUGAGUUCCAACAUUAAAAAUGUAGAUGAAGCGACAGCAUUAGAGACGCUUUACCGCUUGAACGUGGGAGGACAUAUGGUUUCUGCCGUUAAAGACACAGGAAUGUUCCGGCGGUGGCUUCCCGAUGAUGAUUUUCUUCUCAGUGAGAAUUCAGCGACCAAACAGAUAUUACCGGAUGUGAAGAUAGACUACACAGACACUACUCCGGCGUACGUUGCUCCAGAAGAUGUGUACAACACCUAUCGAACAAUGGGGAACAGUCAGAACCUUCGACUCAACCUGCGUUUCAACUUGACAUGGCUCUUCAAAGUUGAUGCCGGGUUUACCUACCUCGUCAGGCUUCAUUUCUGUGACACUCUACAAGGAGUGAACGAACCUGAUCGACGUAUCUUCACCAUCUUCAUCGGGAAUCAGAUUGCAAAGCUUGAAAUGAGUAUAGUUUCCCAUAGCCGUACUGCUUCUCACGCUCCGAUUUAUCUAGACUUCAGUGUAUAUGUGGGUUCUGAAAAUGGACUGAGACCUGAUCUACGACUUGACUUGCACCCUCCCAAGAAAUUUCCUUCAAUAUUUAAUGAUGCUAUUUUGAAUGGUUUAGAGAUUCUCAAGUUGAACAAUCUUGACACUAUCGCAGAACUUAAUGUUGCAAAUACAAGUCGACGGAAGCGGAUUGUUACAAUAACACUCAUAGCUGCUGGUUCUGUAGCUUUAGCGGUGUCUGCCAUUGUUUUCCUCAUCUUUCUGGUGCGUCAGAUAAAGAGGAAGAAUAUGAAUAAUAGACAGAACAAGAGCGUCGCUAUGUUCAAGGUACUACUUAAACACUACACUCAUGCAGAAGUGAAGAAGAUUACAAAAUCAUUUUCACAUACCAUUGGAAAAGGAGGGUUUGGAACUGUUUAUGGUGGAAACCUUUGUAAUGGUCGUAAGGUUGCAGUUAAGGUCUUAAAGGACUCAAUGGGAAAUGGAGAAGAUUUCAUCAACGAAGUUGCGAGCAUGAGCCAAACGUCCCACGUAAACAUUGUUUCUUUGCUUGGUUUUUGCUACGAAGGGUCCAAAAGGGCGAUUGUGUAUGAGUUUCUAGAGAAUGGGUCUUUGGAUCGGUUUAUCUCUAGAGAGAAUAAGCCAUUGACUCUGGAUGUGACAACUCUCUAUGGAAUCGCCCUAGGCGUUGCUCGGGGAUUAGAGUACUUGCACUACGGCUGCAAAACAAGGAUUGUCCAUUUCGACAUCAAACCUCAAAAUAUUCUGUUAGAUGGCAAUCUUUGUCCUAAGGUCUCCGACUUUGGUCUUGCUAAGCUAUGUGAAACAAGAGAAAGCAUCGUGUCAUUGAUCGACACAAGAGGAACGAUAGGUUACAUUGCACCUGAGGUAUUCUCAAGAAUGUACGGUGGAGUAUCCCAUAAGUCUGAUGUGUAUAGCUAUGGAAUGCUAGUCCUUGAGAUGCUUGGGGCAAGAAGCAAAAAAAUAGUUGACACGACCAUAGAUUCCAAUGCAACUUCAGCAUACUUUCCGGAUUGGAUAUAUGAGGAUCUUGAAAAUGGGCAGCAAACGUGGAUACUUGGGGAUGAAAUAACUACAGAGGAAAAUGAGAUUGUAAGGAAGAUGAUUUUGGUGAGUCUAUGGUGUAUUCAACCAUGCCCAAUGGAUCGUCCACCCAUGAACAGAGUUGUUGAGAUGAUAGAAGGAAGUCUGGAUGCUCUUGAAAUCCCUCCUAAACCUUCUAUGCAUAUUUCUAGAGGGCUUGUUCCUGAUCAAUCUUCUUCACUGCCUUCGUUUUCUCAUGGCUAUGAAGCAGAAGAAAACAACUCGAACCUUUGAUUCUACCAAUAUCUAGUGCAGAAAUAUGUUUCUGAUAAGACAGAGUUUGAGAAUUUUCUUUUUAACAUUUAUGUAUAACAAUAUAUAAAUGUAUUUCCGAAUUUUGGAAGAAAAGAAACAACAACACCAAUUGAAAUUUCAGUUGGUCUACAAAUAA